AUGGCAGAAAAAGUUGGAAUCUUAGUAGUGAAAAACAUUAAAUGUACUUUAAACCAGAAUGUAAUUGCAAUCAACCAAUGGCGUACAUUUUUACCAUUUCUUCCCCAAAGAGAAAUUUAUUUAACAGUUCAAUAUGGGGAUAACGAAAGGUCUACCAAACCCGCUCGGCUUGAAAAUUGUCAAGAUGGAAGAAAGGAAGCUUAUUACACUGAAUCAAUCACCCUUCCUAUUGUCAAAGUUGCCCAAGAAUUCAAGGUAACUUGUUACGUUGGAAAUGAUGUCGAUGCUAUUUGGGGUGACACUAGAGACACCCUCAGGGACUCCCUUAAUGAAAAUGAGUCACCUGGUAAUGAUGUAGGCAAUGGCAGAAAAGAAAAUGUUGGCGGGGUAACAUUAUACCUCAUGUUUCUCGCAAUGGAAGCGCCCAAAAAACGAAUGCGACAACUCAAAGCAUUAUGUGGCCAAAUGAUUGGGAUAAUGAUAAUUGAUAAUAUAAAAGUAAAAAAUCUUAAUGGACGCAAAGGUUGUUUACGGGUGAUGCUUGGGAAUGAAAAGGCAAGCACUGAAAAAUAUUUCAAUAUUGUUGACAAGGAAUGCCCAUAUGGGAUCAUUCUUCCGGUUGUGGCUUCUCCCAAUUUUUCAAUGCUACUGCAAAUAUACUACUCCACUACUGAAUUUGGGAGUCAUCGAAUUUUCUUUUCCUCCCAGCAUGAGGACCUUUGGAUAAAACUCAUGUACGGUGGUCAGGUUUCUGGACUUUUUCAAUACAAUAAUAAUUGA